CCGUAACCUACCACCCAACCCACAGAGCGCAAACAUAAGAUGGGAGUCGGCAAUAGAUUCAAGAAGCAAGGGCCACCAGCGCCUUUGGAUGAAUCGAAGAUCACAUUGAAGAGGAAGAAUGUGACUACGGUCUCCGCGAAUGGCUCUAGUAAAAAGCGAAAGGUUGAGGAGGAAGGUGGAAAACGGUCUUCCAAAACGAAGGCGAAAUCUUCGGCGCCAGACGUCAAGCCCUUAAAAGCAGGAGAUGAAAAGAAGAGCAAGAAGAGCAAGGACUCGGUUGUCAAUGGCAAGAGUCGAAAGCUUGCAAAGUCUCCUGAGCUAGACUCGGACGGCGAGGGCUUGGACGUUGCAGACUUGAACGGCGAUGCCGUUGACGAUCCGGACAUCAUGGAAGAUGAGUUUGGCGGCGUUGCGACUAACGGAUUCGAUGACGAUCUGCUGAGUGACGAUAUUGAGCUGGACAGUGAAGACGAAUUUCCAGAUUCUGGCUCCGAUGUCAUGGACUCGGACGAGGAAGUCAUGCGCAAAGCUAUGUGGUCUGAAGACGAGGAUGACGAAGAAGCAGAGGAAAGACUCACAGCCGCAAACAUUGAGGGCUUGUCGAAACAACUCGAUGCACAACAAGCAAAAGAGGCGCGAGAGGCAGAGGAAGAGUUAAUACAGACAAACAUUGCCGGCGACAAGCCCAAGAUCCUUGACGACGAGAACGAAGACGAAGCUGGUCAUGCUCCACAUCUUGCGCCAGAUCUCCAGCUUCUUCGAAACCGUAUUACGGAGAACAUUCGUGUUCUAGACAAUUUCGCGGAACUUGCAGAGGAAGGACGUUCGCGUGCCGAAUAUACGGCACAGCUGCUUAAGGACAUCUGUGCAUACUACGGCUAUUCGCCAUUCCUUGCUGAGAAACUAUACAAUUUGUUUCCACCCCGCGAAGCAUUUGCCUUUUUCGAAGCAAACGAAACACCUCGACCCAUGGUCAUUCGCACCAACACCUUGCGAACCCAUCGGAGAGAGCUUGCACAAGCACUAAUAAAUCGCGGCGUCACUCUUGAACCGGUCGGCAAGUGGUCCAAAGUCGGCUUGCAGAUUUUCGAAUCGCAAGUCCCUCUCGGCGCAACGCCAGAAUAUCUUGCUGGCCAUUAUAUCCUGCAAGCUGCCUCAUCAUUUCUGCCAGUCAUGGCUCUUGCCCCCCAGGAGGGUGAGCGAAUUCUCGACAUGGCAGCUGCUCCUGGCGGUAAGACCACGCAUAUCGCAGCGCUUAUGCGCAACACGGGUUGCAUUUUUGCAAACGACGCAAACAAGGUCCGUGCUAAAGGUCUGAUUGGCAACAUUCACCGCAUGGGUGUCAAAAAUACCAUUGUGUGCAAUUACUCCGCACUUGAGUUCCCCAAAGUCAUGGGUGGAUUUGACCGGGUGUUACUUGAUGCGCCUUGUUCCGGCACAGGAGUUAUUGCUAAGGAUCAGAGCGUCAAGACAAACAAGACGGAGAAGGACUUCCUGAAGAUGCCGCACUUGCAGAAACAACUUCUCCUUGCCGCUAUUGACUCUGUUGAUCAUGCGAGCAAAACUGGUGGAUACAUUGUCUACUCGACGUGCAGUGUCACCGUCGAAGAGAAUGAACAGGUCGUGCAGUAUGCGCUCAACAAACGCCCGAACGUAAAGCUCGUGUCCACGGGCUUAGUUUUUGGUAAGGAAGGGUUCACAAGACAUAUGGGCAAGAUCUUUCAUCCUAGCAUGAAAGAAACUCGAAGAUACUACCCUCACACUUACAACGUGGACGGUUUCUUUGUCGCCAAAUUCAAGAAGAUAGGUCCCACAAAGCCAGGCAUGGUCAACAGCUCCAAUGCUGCUGGCCGUAAAACAGAGAGGGACGUCGAGCACGUGGAUCAUACGCCCAUUGUUGACGAGGAAAAGGAGGAUGACUUUGGCGGAUUUGAUGACGAGGAAGAUGAGAAGUAUAUUGAGAGGGCGAGGAGGUCUAGUUUGAGAAGAAAGGGCAUUCACCCAAAAAGUGUGGACAAGGGGAGAAAUGCAGCGAAGACGAAGGCAUAAGAUCAUUCACGCGGAUAGCUCGCCAAUCUCUGAGAUGAACUAAAACACACUUGACCUUCCGGGUUUGCUUCUCUAGGUAAAUAGCAUAGUUGAGGAUACCCAGCAAUCUUCCAUAUUUGCAAGAUUCAGGCUCCAAGUGGCUACCUUCAAUUUAAUCAAUCUUUAUUCCGAUGGAACGG